GCAGGUUAAAAGAGAUUCAAUUCUGUUCUCAGAGGAAAGUCAGAGUCACGAAGGAUUUUACUCAGCGGUCCGGGCAGCCUGUAGAGUGCUACAGACUACACUCACUCUUCGGAUAUAAUUCAAUACUAAGGACCAUUACAGGUACCUCUCCAUCUGACGUUUAUUCCAGAUUAUAUGUGUGUAUAGCACCAUGGUCACACACAGCAAGUUUGACACAGCAAUGAGCAGCUGCGCCAUCACUCCUCACUGCUACAGGACAUUCAGCUCCAAGCUGCAGUACCAGCUGGUGCAGCAGGCAUGGUGUCGACUCCAGCAGAGUGGCUUCUACUGGGCCUCGAUUAGCGGAAAGGAGGCAGGUGCUAUGUUGGCACAAGAGCCAAGUGGUACUUUCCUGAUCCGUGACAGCGCAGACCGGCGGCACUUCUUCACGCUGAGCGUCAAGACAUCAUCGGGCACCAAGAAUGUCCGUGUGCAGUGUGACAACCGCUCUUUUUUCCUGCAGACAGAUCCAGAGGGUGAGCGGACAGCACCGCGGUUUGACUGUGUGCUCAAGCUUGUACACCACUAUAUGAACUCACCGAAACAGCCCAAGGACAACUCGCGAAGUGCAUGCUACAUCUUCACAGGAGGGGAGAAGGUUCCUCUGGAACUGUGCAGACCCUACUCCUGCAACAUGUCCUCAUUGCAGCACCUGUGCAGAAAGACGGUCAAUGGCCACAUGGAUAUCUUGGCCAAGAGGGAUGAGCUGCCUCAGCCUCUAAAGGACUUUCUGCAGGAGUAUGAUGCUCCAAUUUAAAUGACAAGUACAAGUGACGUGAUGUAGUCGCACUGAUUAUCAAGGAUUUGAGUAGAGCAGCUAUGAGAAUGGAAAUGAGGGAAUGGAAUGACCAGUGUGGUGUGGGCUUACUGCCAUCAAGCACAUGGGAGAAGGUCAAGAAGAUCGAGAAUGACUGAAGUGAUGAACGUAAACAAGCUAGGCGUAGAUAGACUAGGUCAACAGGAGACUGAACUCCGAAAGGUGAAACUCUGCAAACUCAUCUAACUUCUGGGAGCAGAGAUUUGGUGUGUAACUAGUUGGUUUGAGUUUUGGAUUAGUCAACACAAACCAAGAGUGCUGCUAUUUGUCAUGUUGGGAGAGACAGACCACCUGAACUCCCUCGGACACUCUUAUUUGCACAAUAAAUUAACAUCAAGACAGUGGUCCACUGUUUAAUACUUUCAGCAACUGCAAGCCAGGAGAGAAGUUUGAGAAAUCA